UAAAAUAAACACACAUGUAUGGGCGCUUUCAAACAUACGUACAUACAUACAAUACAUUCAUAUACUUUAAAUUUAACUAAAUCACCAGAUAACAGCGAUGUGAAUGAAAACUGAAUGAAAACAAAAAUAAAGGCAAAUGUAAAGAAAGGAAAACCAUAUGACUGCAACCGAAUACAACCCCCACGAGACAUGCGCAAAGCUUUCGACGAAAGGAUAUUUUCGAAAAUCGUUACAUACAUACAAAUGCUCACAUGUACUUUUGUACACACAGUGCUUUUAAAUAGAAGAGUGAAAGCGGCUCGAACGAUGAUUGCACAUUUUCGAAAAAUCAGUAUAGCUUAAGAAGUUUCCGAAGAAUAAACGUUAUUUCUAGGAAAAACGGUGAAAAUUUCUCUAAGAAUGAAAAUUCCAAUUGGCAUCAGUCCAUGAAGUAAUACUGAGCUUCAAAGUAAAAAGUAUUGGAAAUUUUAAAAUUUACUAAAAAAAGUCAGCGGUGCAUUAUUCUUCCUUGUACGUCGCUCGUCUUCAAAAUUCCAAUACACAUCCGUAUGUACGUACGAACACAACUUUACAUACAUUGGCGAAGAUAAUGGCAAAGCAGGAAUAAAUGUGAGUGCAUGCGAAAAGUCGCAGAAAAUCUAUUCUUGAAACCUUCGCAACGCUUGAGCACUUGUACGUGCACAUGCACUUGAGCUGCAGUCAGCCUCAAAGUCAGUGUAAUCUGGAAGCGUGCAUAAUUGAAGUUAUAGUGCUGAAAUAAAGUGAAAAUCGAUUUUGGAUUGUAGUACGUGGAAAUUCGAAAAUUUAAAGACGGUCAAUCGAACGCAAUGGCUAUGUCAACAUCGGCGGCAUCUACAUCGGUGUCGGCGUCAGGCUCGGCAUCCACAUCGACAUCGAGCUCUGGAAAUACGGGUAAUGGCUCGCCCUCUACAUCGGUUAUAUGUGAAGAGGUCUUUGAUGAGACCGAACCAAGUGCUGAAGAAAUACAUGAUUAUGCUAUGAUGGUUGGCAUUGAUCCAGUUAAAGAACCUCACUUACUUUAUUUGGCCAAAGAGGGGUUGAUGCAGGCGCUGCCAACCGAUUGGAAAAUAUGUUAUUCCGAGGAGAAAUGUGGACACUAUUAUUACAAUCUCAAAACGAAGCAGUCACAAUGGGACCAUCCACUAGACGCGGUGUACCGCGAAUUAGUAGAACAGGCGCGGCAAAAGCACACAGCAAUAGCGGCCACACCUAUCAUCGACAACUCAGACGAUGCGUCGCAACUGGACUCAGGUAUACGUAGCCUACAAGGCAAUGAUGAAUGCGACAAUACAAACAACACAAAUGAAAUGUCGUCACCAGUAAGCAAUGUAAAUACAAAUUGCACUGCAAGGUCCGUGAAUAAUGCAGUAGCUGCUGCAAUUGGUGUAGGAGUGAACGGUUUGGGCGUCGGAUUAGCCAACAAUUCUGGCUCGACUUCGAAUAGCACAAACACUAGUGGAUUUAGUGGUGGUGUUAGUCGUUUUCUGGAAUCCAGAAGUAAGAAUUUUGGUCUGAACUUUCAGCCGGUGAAAGGUUCUCGUUUCGAGGUAUCGAAAACAAAUCCUCAAAUAACUUUAGCAAUGAAAUUCGGUGGCGGUGGCGAAGGUUUUCCUUCAAAGUUACCGGCUGCGAAUAAAGUGGAAACGGAUUUUGGGGCGGCAGGUGGUGCAGAUAAACGCGCUUUUGUACUGUCCGGUACUGGUGCGAUGUUUCUAAAAUCGCGCAAGCAAAUGGAAGCUGGACUGAAUCAAGCUACUGCCACUAUGUUAAUGAAUUCGAAUUCGGGUAAUAUCAUUGUUGAGGGCACGGCAGGCACACCACCGGGUGUUAAGGGUAUAUUGCGCGAUUCAAGCUUAACGGAUAUGCGUCGCAGAUUUGAAAGGGACGAUCCAGAAAAUCACGGGUUGGAAGAUAAGAAAAGUGUACGUUUUAAUUUAGACGAAACUAAAAUACGAGGAUCGCCGGAGGAAGAGCCGAGCAGUUCGCGCAAGCUAACCCAAAGCCCAGAAGCAUCAGUAUAUUCAGAUGACGACGAUGUAGAAGAUGACGAUCCUUGGGAUGAUGACAAUGACGACGAGAUUGGCGGCUGCGUUGGCUACGAUGUACUUGGCGCAGAAGGUGGUAUUCCGCGUAGUCUUAAUCCCUUCCUCAUUAAUGAUGAAGCCAAAAGAAAGGAGAUACAAGUUAUAUCUGUACCUAAGGCACAAACUAUACAAAUGCUAAAGGCACAAAGUUUUUCCAUGGAUUUGCCUGAACGUGAUCGUGCCAAACUCUCAGAGUUGGCUCGGUCACAAAGUACUGAAUCCGGCAGCAUACCACAACCAGUUUCUGUUGUAAGCUACCUCGAAAAAUUGAAGGACAAUUCUACGACGAUUAAACCAAUGUACGAAGACACUGAUUCAGAAUCAAAAGGUAGUUCCGUACGUAGUUUCAUUAUAAACAAAUCCGAACAGGAUUCUGUGAAUUCAAUUGUACCUGCAGUUAAUCCAUUUGAAACCGAUGAGAAUGUUACUAAAAAUAAUUGUGAGCUAGAGCAAACUGAGAUCAAACAGGGAGUGGAGAAACCAGUUUUGCGUACCUUAAAGGUGGCGUCUAAACUUGUUAGUUUUCUAAAAAAAGAUACUGAUAAAGUUGAGCGAGAAACUUAUGACCGAGAAAAUGACAAAGACUACGAAAUUCAAAAACAUAAGGCUGAGAAAGAGGCGCUACUUAAAGAGGAACGCGAACGUUUAGAGGACCAGCUUCAAAGAGAAAUAGAUGCCAUCAAGAUUGAGCAUGAACACAAAUUAAAAAGUAUUCGACAAGAGUACGAUUCCCGCUUGACAUCACACCGACAGGAGAUAGAACUAGCAUUCCAAGCACGCUUGAAUGAAUAUCGGGUUCAGCUGGAGGAAGAGUUGAACACAAAGCGAAAGGCUGUUGUAGAUGAGCAUAAAGCUCAUAUGUCCACAGUACAAAAGAAUCACACCGAAAUUUUACAAGAUCUAGAGAGAGACUUAAAAAGCGAAGAGGAAAUCAUCAAGAAAGAGCAUGCACGUAAACACGCUGAGAUGCGUGAUAAAUUGGCGCACGAAUUAGAGUUGGAACGUCAGCGUAUGCGUGAAACAGGGGAAGAUAGACUGUAUGAAAAAGUGCGUUGCGAAAAGCGCUUAUUAGAAGAUAAGUAUCGCUGUUUAAAGGAGAAGUAUGUGCGCCUAAAAACUGACGUUAAACUCUCAUUGGAGCGUCGGAAUCGACGACGCGAAGCGCAAGCACUACACCAACAAAGUCUACACACAAAUACUACCACAACGGGCUCAGAGACAGAAAGGUCUAUAUCAAACAAGCCAUCUAUUGGAACCAACGAAAAUCGUUCUCUUUCCUUGUCGAAUUCUUGUCAAGAACAUGGUGGUGCUGGUAGUAUCGGUGCAGUUCCCCAUGCACUAUUGGGUGGUAAGGGCGCCAAACCACCAUUACCACCUAAAACCCAUCUAACGUCUGUGCCCGGCAGUGCGGAGCAUGGAAAUUCUGUACGCGAACGUUCAAAUGAUCGUGCGCAACUACCGAUGACACGGAAACCGGGUAUCGCCUCAAAAUAUAUUAAGCACUUGCAAGUUCAAGAUGACACAACCACUUCGAUUAGUCAGUCAGAUACGACCAUAUCGAACAACUAUAGCAAGGGACGUUAUCUGCCCGCACCAAUAUUAAGCGACAAUGGAAACUCCGAUUCAGAGGCAGCUUUCCAAUGCAAUCAAGAGAACAAUAAUAACGGUCGUGGUAAUAGCCAACGAAAGAAAAUCUUCUCACGCUUGAAGUCUGCUUCAACAUCACGUUUAAAUUCGGACAACUACAAAAACGAUCGACCUUGCACACCGGUCGAAAAUUUGCGCCACCAACUACAAAAGCUGGAAGAUUUAGAAGAUCAAUUCCCAGAAAAUACACUCGACACCACUUAUCAUCUACGCUAUCCAUUCUCAGAUAUAUCCAACGAUCGUGCCGGUGCUGGCAACAGUUCAGAGCUUGAGUUCUUUAAACACCGCAUACAUUUGGAACGUGAUAGUGUGCGACGCGCCAAGGAAUCAUUACGUACGCAACGUACUAAUUUUCGCGCACGACAACGUGAGAUCAAACAGCGUCAUAAGGCUUCCACCACACGUCACACACUGGAUCAGCUUAUACAAGAGGAAAAGGAAUUGACGGAAAUGGAAGUGAAUUUGCAUCGCACACGUGCGUUACUCGGUGAAAAGGUAAUACGCUUACGUCACUUAGAACAAAGCCUUUUAAGAAUUUACGAAAAGGAGAAACCAACUAUGGAUUUGCUGGGUAUAGAACAGAAAGAUGAUGCCACGCUUAGUGAUCUUUCAUCACAUUCAAGUUCAGGUUUUAGCAGCACAGAUUUCGCCAGUGGCGCCGACACUCACAAUUUGCACAAACGGAAGGAGAACUACCAUCAGGAAUCAACAGAAUGUAUACAAAAUUUAGAAAUUCUCAAUGCGGAAAUUCGGGAGAUUCUCGAUAUACUUGGAAAAAGUCAACAACACGGAGGCAUACCCAUGAUCUCACCCUCCGAGUUGAAUUGGUCACACAUGCUCUCUGCCGGUAUCAGCUCAGCUCCAACACCAACAGCAAAUCUGCAAAAUGCUGGAACAACCGCUACACUUAUGCAUGCACCGCAAUCGAUACCAACACUGGCUGAUCGCUUGGAGACAUAUCGUCAAUUGGCCAGUGGACGCAUGCAAAAUUCUAUGGGCGGCGCUAUACUCGCCGCAAAUACCAUAGUUUCGCAAAGUCCACGCGCCGUUAACUAUACCACCAGUCUUGUGGAGCGUACCAGAGAUCUGCGCAAUUGGCUGCGGCAAGCCAAAACCGAACAUGAAUUACUAACUGGUGGCGGCAACAUUGGUAUACCUAUGCAACAUGGUGGUUUAGGCUUGGCAAGCUGUGCCUUGGGUGUGAAUACAGUGAGCAUUCUUAAUCCUAGGGAAUGCGUUGGCAGUGUUGCUGGCGCUGCCGGUGCCGUUGCUGGUGCUGGAGCAACAGCCACAACUGGUGGAGGCGGCGGCACGGCUACGCAGACUAAUCUAUAAUUAGGAUACAAUGUUUUCUGCUGCUGGCGCAGUCAGGAACCUAAGGCUUAAGACGAAAAUAUGCGUGGUCAUAAGCAAGUAGUGCGUUAAGUGUGCUAAAUACGAGCAUUUCUAUGAAUAUGAAUAGCAUGCUCUAGUCUCUGCUGAGAGUAUAAAGAAAGUCUAAUUGCAAUGAUCAAACUACUUAUUACAAAAACUUAAGGCAUUUUGUAGCGAAAGUGUCUACAUAAAGUUUUAUCAGAUCCCUAUUCAAAACCAAAGAUAAUCGUUGUUGAAACUAAAAGAUUGAAUAUAAUAGUUGUAUUUGUAAUAAAAACGUACCGAAGUUAUAUAAAAGUAAAGUUCUGAUGCCAAAGAAAUGUAUUUGCUUGUGAUAGGAAAGAGAAAUAUGUAGUAAGACAAAUAGUUAAAGUUAGAGAAAUUUGGCCGAAACUCAAGUUUUUAAGUGAAUACAAGCAAAUACAAGCGAAAUUCUAAAUUGGAAAAAAAUAUUUCACCACAUUAACUAAAUAUUUAUAUCAAAUAUUAAAUAUAGACGAGUUAUGUUCCUUUCUUUCAAUUUAACCAAUAAUUUCUUUGCAAAUUAAAAUGUAAUUUAUUUGAAGAAGCAAUCUUAAAAUUUGUAUGUAAUACUCAGAGUACUUGUAUUCAGUAUUGUUCCAAAGGAAAAUCCCACAUAUGUAAAGUGGUUCUUAAAAUGAAACUAACAAUAUUUUAUACUUCAACGGCAUUAUGUUUUUAAAUAUCGGAGACAGUUCUUACUUAAAAUAUGCGAAUACUCAAAACGUGAUUUUUUUAUGAACUAAUAUCAAAAUUGAUAACCAUCCAGCCUUCAAUUGGUAUUCUUAUCAUACUGUAUGAUACUUUGUGCAGUAUUUACAUGUUUAAACGUACUAAAUUUCACUUAAGGGGUUAGGUUGAAAACAAGAAUAUGUUUACCAUUUUUUUAAUAUGUACAAUCAUAUAUGUAUUUCAUUUCAACAGUAUUUUGUGAAAUUUUUAUUUACAAACUCUGCCAAUUGUAUCACUUCUCCCAUAACAUAACAUAACAGAAAAAGGUUUUGCCGUGGACAGCAUAACUCAUUAUUGGUUCAUCUUAAAUCAAUAAACCAAAAAUAUUUCGAACUAUGUCAAUAACUAUACAAUUUAACAAAAAUAGGGCAUUGCAAUUUAGAGCUACAGUACUCCAAAAAAAUAAAAAUAUAUCUUCUUUUGACACGAAAUUUAAAUAAUAUCCCUAUUUGUUGUACUUUUUUCUAAAUAUCCGCUUUAGUUUUGUACUAUGUAGUAAAUAUCCCCUCUUUGGCAAAAUAUGUUCCAUUUUAGUAUUCUGUUCUUCUUAGCUGCAGUUUAAAUUCUCAAUUAUUAAUUUUUUAUACCACUUCGGUACAUCUAAAUUGUAUCAUUCUUGUGUUUCUUGAGUGAAUUGGAAAUAUCUUUCUUCUUGCAUUCUUUCAGCGGACGUUGUACUACAUCCAAAAUAUCUAAAGUCAAAUGACGACGUCUGCUCCUUUUCAAUAAUGACAUUGGUUAUUCUCUACCAGAUUCAAAUCUAUAGUUUUCAUAGGCCUUCAAUUUGACAGUUCUUCCAAGCUUUUUUUAUUCUUUAGAAUCCAGUCUUCUCCCAGUAUUUUUAAUUCAUCAUAUUACUUGAAAAUAUCAUAAUGCUCUAUAAUAAUAACAAAAUAGCCCUUUUUGAAACGUACGUUCACAUUUAAAUAUUUUUUUACAUGGAAAUUAUCUCGUUCAGAUCAUAAUCCAAAUGACGACAUUUUGUAUAGCACUAAGGACAAGGCUGCAUUCUUAGUUAAAAAAAUAAAAAUGUAAAUAUCCCCCAUUUAAAAAGACACUAUGUAUUCAUUUAAUACAACAAAAAAAAUUAUUUUCAAUUUUUGAAAUCCACCUAACACCUUAAUGAAAUAACUAAAGAAUUGUAUACAUAGCUUUAACUUUUUACAAUUUUACAUCAAUGAAUCAACCCAAUGUUAUAUAUCUACACAGUGAAUAUAUUUUUUUGACUAAAGUAGUACCGAGACUCUGAAAUUUUCGAACAAAAAUAUAGUUUCUAUAUUUAAGGACCAGUGUUAUGUGCAUAUAAGAAGGUUUAAGUUGGAAUAAAAAAUGCUGUCUGGGAAUACAUUGUACGAGUGCAAAGUAAUUUAUUCAUUAGUAGAGAGUAUUGAAUGAUUUUUUAUUGAAAUUUUUAUUUUUUAUUUGAAAACUACUUUUUAACCAAACCUAUAUAAUAAUUUUAAAGAUAAUGGUUUCAAGCUAAUUAUGUAUGUAUUGAAUCCCCAUGAACUGGUACCGGUUAGACUGAACGCGUGAAAUUCAUGUACUCAUAUUUAAUACUUCAAUAUUUUCAAGCACUUAACUUAAAAAACACAGAAUCCAAAGAAACUAUAGUAUGUCUUAACUUGCAUAUUUGUAUGCAUGUCUGAUUAGUGCUAAGUAUUUCUUUGUACUCCCUUUUAGUAACUACAACUAGAAUUUAUACGUUGUAUAUGUAUAAACAUACCGACAUACAAAAGUACACAUAGUCUCCAUAAAACCUUUGUAGCCUGAAUAUUUCUAAUAAACUUAAAGAAAAUCAAUAAAUCUUUAAACAUUAAUUUCAAAUUCUACGAAACAUACCAAAAUAAAUUGUUCCAAAACAAAGAAGCGUAGUAAAAUUGAAAAGCUGUGAAGCAACGAAGAUCGCUUUAUAAGAGAAAAGCACAAAUUUAUUGUUGAUUUGUGGAGUUAUAUUAAAAAUACAUAAAUAAAUAGUAAAUUAAUUAGUUAUAGGUGUGAGUUCAUGUUAAAAAACUAAAAAAAUAUAAUAUUUAAAAUUAUUAAAAGUGAAAAAUUAAAAGAAGCAAAAGUUUGAUAAAACUUUGUGAGAAGCCAUAGUGUAUGGCAUGAUAUCCAACUUAAAUAUUAUAACAUACCAGCAACAAAUAUAAAUUGUAAGACUUCAUACUUAUAACUUUUUACGAUUAGAAACCCCUAAAAUAUAGCUUCAAUACAAUAAUUAUAUUUAUUCAAAAUUUUAUUAAAAGAAAGAUAACUUCGAAGAAGCUGAAAUUUAUGAUUACUAUGUUUAAUAUAAUUUAAAAUAUUGUCAUUAAAUGAAUUAUAAAAAUAUUUUUUUAUUAAAUUAAUUAACAUAUAGUGUAUGAAAAAUACUAAAGCUUUUAGUAACCGUAUUUAAUUACCUCAUGUUUAACAGCGAUAAAUACUUAAUAUAUGCACAUACAUAUAAAUGCAUUUAAAUGCUUAUAUAUUUUAUUUAAGUUAGGUUAGUUACAUGUUUAACGCUUUUUAAUUUUAAAAUUAAAAUUAAUAUUGUACAAUGCCUUAAGAAUUGCAGGCAUAUAUUUAGUAACUUGCUCAGACCAAAAUUAUAAUUAUUUAGAUUAUUCCAUAUAAAUACAUAAAUUCUGUUGAGUUUAGAAACAAUCGUCUUAAAUUACAUAUAUAAAAAUAUCCUUAUGCAGAGUGAAAGCUUCGCUUACACUUACUGAGGAACUUCCAUGGUUCGUUUCGUUCAUAACUUGUUGUCUCGUCAAUUUGUCUCUAACAUUACACUCAUUGUCGUAGAUUUUAAAUGAUAUAGAGCAUAAAUCACAGGAUUUUUUUCAAAUAUAUUUUAUUAUCGUAUUUUAUUUAUAGAGUAUUGGCUACAAUAUCAAUCAGUUUUGUUUCUAAAAUCAAGUCCGGAAAUGACAUAUCCAACUUUCCUUUAUUAAAUAUUUAUUUCUUAGUUCUCUAAAUAUUUAGUUACAAUUGCGAUUGCCUUCUACUAUUAUACACUUUCGCUAUACUAGUAUUUUUAGAAACCAAGAACCGAAUUUCAUAACUUUAUAUUUAUUUGAUUCCCAUAUCAUUAUAGAAAGUCCUUGUAAUACAAAGUAAUACUGAACAAAUAGAGGUUAUAAUUAUUUGAAAAUACUUCUCUUAAGCACACUUUCUUUAAUAACUACUCUAAGCUCAUUUAUCUAAUAACUAAUCGAGGUUUCAAAAAUUAUCAACAUCUUCUCUGAGCAAGUUAUUCAAAUGUAAAUUUCAAAUUUUACAGAGCUAUAGAGUUUGGAGGAACCGAGGAGUUGGGAGAUGAUUCUUGCUCUCUAGUUUAUAUUAAGUUCAAACAUUAUUUUAACCCUUAUAAUGUCGAAUGAAAUUUGAUUAUUUUAUUCGUUCAGUAAUUUAUAUUCUACUUAUAUAUCUAUUGAUUUUUCUCAUCUCAUUCAAAUAUUUGUGAGGGUAUUUUUGUUUUUUGUUAUUUAUUAUUAUUAUGUGUUUUCGCUAAUAUGUACUUCUACAAACUGUUCAAAAACAACGAGUAUACUGUAUUAUAUCCAUGUGUGCACAUGUAAAGCAAU